AUGUCUACUCGUCCGGCCGCUUCACCAGAACCUCAAGGAGAUGCUAAAAAGGCAAAGACUACACAGGUCAAAAGUGCCGUCCACGACGGUUGGGGCUUAUCAGACAACGAAAAGGGCAAUGCCGUCUUUCACGGCGAUACCACCAACAUGGACGCUAUUCGAGACAAACACAACUUUGUCGAGCUUGAAGCGCAUGGUUUAGCCGUGGGGCUCAAAGAAGGAUUGAUGGGUAACUCUGAAGUUGGACAUCUCAAUAUUGGUGCUGGUCGUAUCGUAUGGCAAGACAUUGUCAAGAUUGACCAAUGUAUCAAAAAAGACGAAUUUUCCAAACAGCCCGCCAUUGUGGACACUAUGAAAAGAGCUGCUUCUCAUGGUUCACGCUUGCACCUCCUUGGUUUGAUAUCCGACGGAGGUGUUCACUCGCAUAUCACCCAUGUAUUCGCCCUGCUUCGAUGUGCCAAAGCCCAUAACAUAGAACACGUUUACAUUCACUUCUUCGGAGAUGGACGAGACACGGCACCUAGGUCAGCGACAAAGUAUAUCCAAGAAUUGCAAGAUUACAUCAAAGAAGUCGGCGUGGGAGAGAUAUCUACUGUCGUUGGUCGAUACUUUGCCAUGGACAGAGACAAACGAUGGGACCGAGUCAAGAUUGCAGUCGAUGGAUUGAUCAGUGGAGAGGGUGAUAAAGUGGAGGCUGAUGAUUUGGUCAAGACGGUGGAAGCGGGGUAUGAGAAAGAUGUGACGGACGAAUUUAUCAAGCCUAUCAUCUCUGGAUCGGAAGAUUCAAGAAUCAAAAAGGGAGAUACUUUAUUCAUGUUCAAUUAUCGUUCGGACCGGAUGCGAGAACUCACCACUGUUCUCGGUUUGCCUGAUAAACCCAUGGAGGUCACUGUACCCGAUGAUCUGCAUAUAACCACUAUGACCAGAUACAAUCCAGACUUUACUUUCCCUGUCGCUUUCCCUCCUCACAGUAUGGCCAAUGUGCUGGCGGAAUGGCUUGGCAAGCAGGGCGUCAAGCAGUGUCACAUUGCUGAAACGGAGAAGUACGCGCAUGUCACGUUCUUCUUCAACGGUGGAGUGGAGAAAACAUUUCCUUUGGAGGAACGUCACAUGAUCCCCUCUCCCAAAGUUGCAACAUACGACAAACAACCCGAGAUGAGCGUUCAAGGUGUGGCCGACAAGGUGGCCGAGGUGAUCAAGACGGGAGAAUACGAAUUCGUCAUGUGCAACUUUGCCCCUCCCGACAUGGUGGGUCACACUGGAGUGUAUGAAGCGGCCGUAGAGGCUAUAGGAGCUACAGACAAGGCCGUCAAAACAGUCUAUGACGCAUGUGAGGAGGCAGGUUAUGUUCUGUGUAUCACUGCGGAUCAUGGAAAUGCCGAGCAGAUGCUUGAUCCUGAGACGGGCAACCCCCACACCGCGCAUACGACAAACCACGUACCAUUCAUCGUAACCGGAGACAAGGGCUCGUUGGAGGUAAGCCCUGAGCCUGGGGCAUUGGCAGAUGUCGCUCCGACCGUCUUGGCCAUCUUAGGUUUACCUCAACCAGAGGAAAUGACUGGGAGAUCUUUGCUUGCCAAGCAGUAAGUCUUACAUAGUAUCUAAAGUAUCAGUAUUAUAGAAAUCAAUGCAUCGAGUAAAGUC